AUGAAAGCCUUGGGUAUAGACGACUCGGAUAAAUCUUGCGCCGGAGCUACCAGCACCGGUAUCACGAGACGGACAGACAGCACCCUCGAUGUCAAGACCGACCGCAGUGCCUGGCUACUCGGGGUCACAAUCGGCGUACCGUUUUUCGCUGGUGCGAUACUAGGUCUAAUCAUCACCGACCCAAUCAACAGACUCCCCUUUGGCCGUCGCGGCGCUAUAUGUGUUGCGGGCAUAUUCAGCUUCAUAUCGGUCGUGGGCUCAGCUUCGGUCCACAAAUGGGAGCAUCUUCUCGUGUUCAGAAUAUUAUUAGGUGCUGGCAUGGCAGGCAAAGCUUCAAUCGUUCCUAUCCUGCUGUCUGAAACCUCGCCCAAAGAUGUGCGCGGCUUCCUACUGGUCUUUUGGCAACUUUUCGUGGCAUUCGGGCUGGCCGCCGGAUCUGUUGCAAAUAUGGCCGUAUAUCGCCUUGACGUGCAUUCAAGUUGGCGCUACAUGUUCAUCUCCGCUUUCAUCCCCGCAUUACUCUUGCUAUCAUUGAUUCUCUUCUCACCUGGUAAGCGGUUCAUGUGGCUCAAGGGUCCCAAAUCCCCUCGAUGGCUGUUGAAGGAAAGCGGUAGCGUAGGGAAUCUUUCCCAGUAUGGGAAGCUGUCGAAGAACGAUCCACGCAGGGGAGUCAAGAUUCGGAAGGCCUACAAGUCUCUAGUCGAUCUUCGAGGCGAAGUUGUUCCCAUACUUGCCGCCGGCGAACUGUUCCUAAUGCACACGCGCCUCAUCGACGAGCAGCGUCGGCUGAAGGCAGCAUUAGAUGGUCGUUCCUACACGACCAGUGCGGCCAGUCGAACUACUAAUGCGAAGAGUCCCUUCCGUGAUGUUAUUCAACACAUCAGCUGGCGAGAAAGAGUCACGUUAAUUUUCUUCCGCUCCGGAUAUACGAAUAGAGCGCAUCGAGCUGCAGCUGCUGUAAUGAUAUCACAACAACUGUGCGGUAUCAACUUGAUAGCUUUCAUGUCCGACCACUUCUUCAAAUACUCCUUCUUCGGCGACAAUCCCGAAUGCGACACAGACCGGAACAUGACGCUACUGGGCGCUUCGCUUGGGUUCAUGCUCCUCAACUUUAUAGCUACAAUUCCUGCCCUAUUCGUUAUCGACAUUACCGACGGACGGAGACGUGUCUUGAACUGGACAUUCCCAGUAAUGGCCGGGGCUUUGCUAAUGUCUGCCGUAAUCCCAAAGAUUCCCAACCAGCCAAAGGAUGGGUACAUCGCUGGACACUACAUCUUCUUGGUCGUGUUCAUAAUUGCGUAUUCGGUCGGCGAGGGUCCAGCAGCUUUCGUCAUCUCAGCAGAAGUCUUUCCCCUCGUCAAUCGAGAACUCGGCAUGAGCCUCGCUGUCUGUUGGAACUUUAUGGGAGCCGGACUCCUUGCUGUCUUAGCCCCAUGGCUGCUGGAUACGCUUGAUUCACCCAACCAGUAG